UCUAGCAUCUACCGUGGACUAGUUGUCUUAAAACCUGCAGGUGUGGUGUAACCGCGUGUGGCAGCAAUCAUUAAUGGCGCCCUAUGAAUUUUUUGCUGAAGCCCAAUAGCAAAUUAUGCAUUUCAUUUAAAGAUUUUUUUUAUUUGAAGAUCAUCGUGAGUUGGAAUUAAGCAAUGAAGCUGAUAACGGCUGUAUUUAAUGGCGUGUUAGUGCUUUUAGUAGCUUUAGGUGUUAUAGAUAUAUUCUUCACCUAUGAGACCAACAGGUGCAGCAUGACCUACAUGUUCGAAUAUCCAGAGUUUCAGAAAAUACAACUUCCAAAAAAAGUUUCCCUACUUUAUCCAGCAUAUGAAUUGCAUCUGUAUGGUGAAGGUGUUUAUAUGGAAGAAAGCAGAAAUUUUUCCUUAACUGGAAUUCCAGUUUUAUUUCUUCCUGGAAAUGCUGGCAGUUACAAGCAGGUUCGUUCUAUUGGAUCAAUUGCCCUUCGAAAAGCAGAGAACAUUGAUUAUAGAUAUCACUUUGAUGUUUUCAGCGUCAAUUUCAAUGAGGAACUUGUUGCACUUUAUGGAGGUAGCCUGCAGAAACAAACCCAAUUUGUUCAUGUAUGCAUUAAAGCAAUCCUACGCCUUUAUAAGAACCAAGAAUUUCCUCCACAAAGUGUUAUACUUCUCGGUCAUUCGAUGGGUGGCCUUAUUGCAAGAGCAUUAUUUACGUUAAAAAGUUUCAAGCCUCAAUUUAUAAACCUCAUUAUAACACAAGCUACACCUCAUGUUAUGCCAGUAUUGCCUAUAGAUUAUUAUAUAACUGAAUUUUAUGCCUUAGUGAAUGAUUAUUGGAAUUUGAAUGCAAAUCGGCUUCAAAAUACAACUAUACUUUCUGUUGCCGGUGGAUUUCGGGAUUACCAAGUUCGAUCAGGAUUGACAUUUUUGUCAUCACUAAAUAUCAAGAACAGUGCCUUGUCUGUUGUGAGUACUGCCAUUCCAAGAACAUGGGCAUCAACAGAUCACCUGUCUAUUGUGUGGUGUAAAGAACUAAUUUUGGCUACUUCAAGAGCUUUAUUUGACCUGAUUGAUGAAGAUACAAGACAGAUAACAGAAGAUUCUGAUAAAAGAAUGGCCGUCCUAACGCAUCACUUUGUCAGACAUCCAGCAAAACUGUAUGAGGCAUCUUAUGAAACAACCAUAAAAAUUUCAGAGACCUCAGGAUGGUUCUUUAUCAAAACAAGCUACUGGGGUCUUACAGUUAAAAAUGCAUACAAUGAAACAUAUUUUGCAUUUCCUCUUCUUAAUAAAAGAAAAACAUAUAACCAGUUUCACUGUCGAAGCACCUUCUUGUUUACUUACAGUUGGAUAUUUGGAUGUAAUGAUAAAGAUGCAACCAAGUGUCUAGAGAUUGAAGAUUUAUCCUGGAGAGCAGAGCUGCUACCUACUGCAAAAGCUGUAACCUUAACACUUGAAGAUUUUUUUAACACUUCCCAUUUUGUUCUUUAUCUGCCUGCAACAAAUAACAGCAAGGAAAAAUUGCAGCAUAUUCUACGCUACUUUCGGGUUAAAUGA